AUCAAAUCGAACCGACCGAUUGACACCCUGCCAUUACCUCGUGUACCCAAGUCGAAACUCCAUUCACUGUCACUCUUUUGUUUUGACUUCUUUGGAAGCGAUUCCUUCCGUGCUUGAAGCCAAAAUCGUUUUUAGGGUUUCCCUGUAGCUUUCUGUUUCCUGUUUGAAAUGGCGACGGAAUCCAAGGUUGUGUCUGAGGAUGCCAAGAUUGAUCUUUUUGAAGACGAUGAUGAAUUUGAGGAAUUUGAAAUUGGCGAAGAUGUCGUAAAUGCAUUGAAGUCCAUGGGAAAAUAUUUUGCUUGGAAAAUGGAAAGGGCGGGCAGUUCCUCUGCCACAUCUGCACCUCCUUCUGCUCCUCCCUCAAGGAGUAUUGACUACAGCACAGCUGCCUGUCAUACUUUGCUGGACACCAUACCUGAUGUGCCAAAGGAGUUAUACAUGAAGGCUCUCAAACGUAUAUGGGAGGACCCAAAAUGGAGACUAGCAUUCAUUGUAUCCAUUCCUGAAAGAAGGACUUGGUUGCUAAAGAUGUUAGAGUCAUGAAGAUGAUGUGAUGUUCUGUGUGUGGUACUGAUAAUGGGAUGACAAGGAAGAGGGAAAUGAUGUCACACAGCAGUGGGAAGACGACUGGGAUGACGAUGAUGUCAAUGACGACUUCUCACUGCAGCUGAGGAGGGAGCUGGAGAACAACACUAAGAACUAAGUGUAUCAGUUGUCAUUUCCUUACAUCAUUUCUGCA